AUGAACAACCAGGCCUAUUUGAUCACUAUUAUAGAAGAUAAACUCAUCCUCUCAGACUACAAAAAGAAUCAAAGUAUCGUGCCGCGCUGGUGUUGCAUUACAACCUCUGCCUUGCGCGCUCAGUCCCCCGCUACUGGACUGGUUGGAGAUGGAGGUGUAGGGAAAACAACUUUCGUGAAGAGGCAUCUUUGUGGCGAGUUUGACGAGAAAAGCAUUCCAACUCUUGGAGUAGAGGUCCAUCCACUACGUCUUAUGACAGUCAGUGAAUUCUCCAACCCUGAAAGAAAGCAAAUGCUAAAAUAUUUCAGAGACCUGGUCCCAUUGUGUUUGAUCGACAUCACCUCGGGUCUCGAGGCGGGCCUUCAGUAUUACGAUAUAUCUGUAAAGCGUGAUUUCAACAUUAAGGAACCCUUCCUCUGGCUAGCUCGCAAGCUAGUCGAAAACGCAGGCUUGGUAAGGCAACCCAUGCCUCCCUCGUCAACGCCUCCGAAUACUGCCGAGAAGUCAUGUGGCCAAGAAAUGGGCCCAAACGAAGAUGAUGAUCUAGACAGAGAAUCUGAGAACGGCCAUCAAGAGGACCUAACCGAGAACCUAGACGAGCCCAACGUGACCGACGUGGAUGCUGAUACUGCCACGGGCAUAUGCUGCACGAGGAUGAUAUUAAUUCGGUCAAACUUGAAUUCUAUUAUUGCGAAACUGAGCCCAUCAUCGACUGCAAAGUUUUCACUGGUUGUAACGUCAUGUCGGCAUUGUCUGAAAUCGCUGGCCUGGUCUAAGACCAGCGAGCUGUCGCGAAGCAUGCUUGAGAAGUCUCGAAUAUAUGAGUGUGCGCGCAAGGUAGCCGGGGAAGAAACGGUUAGAGGUGGCAUGAUUGGGAGAGCUCAGGGGCAGGUGGCGAUGAAGAGAGGGUUGGGAGCAAGUACUUGUAUUCAGAGCUGUUCUCCCGAACGGAGUUUGUCCGCACCACUGCGAAGGUGGCCUUGUGACAAAGUAUACAAGCCCCAUAUCCGUUUAGGAGAGCUGGUGAGAUAUGAUGCCCGCGAUAAGAAGAUAUACGCGAUAGAUCAGAUUGAUUGGAUUGGAGACCCAACUCCACCAAGAGUCAAGCUGGAGAUCAGAGCGGUCAUCUCUAGUUUCAACUCUGGGAUGCGAACGGGUGCAGGAUACGGACAAGUGGACACGAUCCAAAUUGCCGUGAAAAGGGAGCCUGUCAAAGUUGAUGCGGAUGGGCGUGCAUGGCAUGGCAUUGGCUUAUGA